CAGGCAGCUGAUAACAUCGGACGUGGCUACAAUGGGAGCACACUGGAUCAUCACCGCGGUGGCGCUGGUCGGGCUGGGUCAACUGUCAGCUGCCGGUCCCUGGUGCUACAGAUGUGACGAGGUGUUCGAGCCCGCCAUCUGUGGCCACAUCCAAAAGUGUGAGGACAGCGAGGUUUGUUUCACGGGAUCCCACCCAGGUCUGAAUGGAGGAACACAGUACAGAUCAGGAUGCAAGCCGAAGAUUCAAUGUCCAGCCUCAACCAACAGUACGGCGGACGCGGCUGACCAGCCGGACACCUGCACAGAGUGCUGCCCCGGCGACUUCUGUAACGCCAAUUUGUGCGGCGGUAUAGAGAUCAGGAAGCCUGGGACGAAGCUGUGUAUGAAAUGUGACCGAGUUGCGAAGCCAGGAGACUGUGACACUUUUGACCUCUGUAGUACAGAGCAGCAAUGUUUCGUGGAUUCUGGCGUGCUGGCAGGAAUUGCAUUUUACGAGCUCGGCUGUGCGGAGAAAACAGUAUGUGCCGCGAAGCAUAACGUCUGUUGUGACGGAGAAUUAUGCAACGCCGACAACAACAUCACAAACAACGUUUCACCUCAACCUGGCAACUCCUCUACAUCACCUGGCACCUCCCAAACAGGCACAUCUUCGAGCUCUGUGAACACGACUGGCCCAGCACCGACUGCAACAUCAACGUCUUUAAAUGCGUCAGCUACAUCGUCAGGACAAGGACCAUGGUGUUUCACGUGUGACAAGGUGUUUGAGCCAGCUAUAUGUGGCCUCGUCACCAGGUGUGGGCCAAGCGAGGAUUGUUACACCGGCUCUCACACGGGACUGAACGGAGGUAUGCAGUACACAUCAGGGUGUAAGCCGAAAGAUCAAUGUCCAACCACGAAACGGUCGGCCGACGCGGCUGACCAGCCAGACACCUGCACAGAAUGCUGCGCCGACGACUUCUGUAACGACAAACUAUGCGGCGGCAUAGAAAUCCGGAAGCCGGGGAUGACCCUGUGUAUGAAAUGUGACGGAGUCCAGCAUUCGGGUGAUUGUGACGAGGUAGAACUGUGUAGCACUGAGCAACAAUGUGCAGCGGACACAGUGAAACAUUUCGGAGUAACAUUUUACAAACUCGGCUGUGCUGAGAAAGCAGGAUGUGCCCAACAACACGGCGCCUGCUGUGACACAGACGUGUGCAACGCUGACAUCAACAUCACCAACACGGCGUCAUCCCAACCUAGCACGCCAGUGACAACCACUACCCCGACAACUACGACAACAACGACCACCACCACCACAACAACGACAACUCCAACUACUACGCCACCAGGUCCCGGACCAUGGUGUUUCACGUGUGACAAGGUGUUUGAGCCAGCUAUCUGUGGUCUGAUCGCCAGGUGCGGACCUAGCGAGGAGUGUUUCACAGCUUUACAUGGAGGACUGAAUGGCGGAGCACAGUACAGGUCGGGGUGUAUGUCCAAAGAUCAAUGUCCAUCAACGAAGCCUUCAGCCGACGCGGCUGACCAGCCGGACACUUGCACAGAAUGCUGCGCCGACGACUUCUGUAACGCCAAACUGUGCGGUGGUAUAGACAUCAAGAAACCCGGGAUGACGUUCUGUAUGAAGUGUGACGGAGUCCAAAAUCCUGACGAAUGUGACGAGGUUGAGCUGUGUGGACCUGAUGAACAAUGUUCUGUGGAUGUGAAACAAAAUUUCGGGCUUUCGUUUUACCAACUCGGAUGUGCUAAGAAUUCAACCUGUGCUCAACGCAGCGUCUGUUGUGAUACAGAUUUGUGUAACGCUGACGUGAACGUCACCGCCAUCACAUCACUUGGAAGUUCCACACCGUCAUCUCCUGCAACACCAUUAGCGGCAGGAACAUCUUCGAGUACAGUGAUGACGUCAGCUGCAAGCCCAACGACGACCACGGCCUCAACUACACCUGCGACGAUCACCUCGACCGUUAUGCCUACCACAACUAUGACUACAGCUGUGCCAACUACUGCCCCUCCUACACCUACACCAACAUCACCACCUACAACAACUGCUACAACCACAACUGCUGCCCCAUCCACUUCGUCUUCUACUCCUUCCAGUUCAACAGCAGAUUCUACUACCACUCCUACGACAACAACGCCAACAACUACGCCAACAACUACGCCAACGACGACGCCAACAACGACGCCAGCAAAGGUGGCUAUAAAUAUGGACCAUCAGGUGACGGUGGUGAAUCCAAUGGACGUCAAUGGAGUCGCCCGACUGAAAUGCACUGCCAGUGGUGACCCACGACCAAGGAUUACGUGGAAUAAACUUGACCAACCGCCCAUCACCCCUGACAGCACGCACGAGAUCUACGGUGAUGGAGAGAUGAUCAUAAAGGGAAUAACGCCUGGCAACUUUAUAAAUCACACUGGAGUCUAUGUGUGUACGGCGGAUAACGGGGUAACCAGUGCACAGGCGUAUUUUGUUGCCGCUGGUAAACUCCCGUACGUACUGGAUGAAGUAAAUACGUUUGACAAAAUUGGUGUGCAACCAGGCGAAGCAUUCUACAUACACUGUGCGGCAGGGACAACGGAACCAGAUGGGUCUCCAUUCAACAAAGAAUUUCAAAAGACAGACAAAAUCUGUGUGUCGGCGAGACAGAUCGGAGCCUUGUCGAAGGAGGAUGGCUUUGUUACAUACUUUGUCAAGAAAAACGGUAAAAUUGAGUUCGUGGAUCACACGAAAGGCUCACUGACGUUGGACUGAGUGCAGGAAGAAGUGUAAUCUAAAUAUUUUGUAUGCUUGCUGCUGUUGUUGAAGGUUGUAAUGCGAUCGGUCUUAAAGACAUUUGUUUAUACAUAAAUAUACAUAUGAAGCACUCUGUUUGCAAUGGGAAACAAUGCCGCGAAACGAAAUUUAACAAAUGAAAUUACAUAACCUCUAUGUUUAUGUCCGACGAUAAACUCCAUUAAGUGCUGCACACGUCAUGAACAUUAUUUUCGUUGUGUUAGGUACUAGUUAUUUAUAAUGGGGAUGGGGGAGAAAUGUUGUUGAUUCAAUGUACCUUUUUGUAUCUCCAAACCACGUGGACCAGGUCGAAAUGACAAAAGAUCUGUGUCAUUUUAGCAUGCACCACAAACCUCCCAAGGUGCCAAAGCCCCUCUUUGUCUCUGCUAUUCGUCACGUCUACCACUAAAGCUCUUUCAUGUCUGUCCCCUAUAAUAUAAUGUAUGGGCGUUAUGUCUAAGUACACUACCCAGGAGGUGUACAUUUUUCCAAGCAGUGUUCAACUGUGCGAUAAACAACGACCACGAGUCGUGUAUAUUUCGCAUGAGACAUCAGCAUUAUUUACAGCCUCUUUAAGAGACCACCCCAAACAAUUGUUCCAGACUGUUUAAACAAAAUGCCUGACAGGAAACUGAUGAAAAACAUAUGUGUACCCAUGCUGUUGUCUAAAUGAAAAAGGUAUCUAGUCUCCGUUAAAAAAAAUGAAAUUGCCAGGUUGCCCUCAGCUCACCCUUAGAAUCUUGGGUGGUAAUGGUAACUGGAAAGGGAGGAUUUUAGUAUAAUCUUCAGGUUCAACACAUGUACAGAGAACAGUGAACUGUUCAUUGUGCCUGAAGAGUUUAAUUAAUAGAUAACCGUCAACCCCAGCUACAGGCCAUCCUUUCUCCCCCAUCAUCGUUAAUUGCGUAUCACAAAUUGCCAAAUCUUGUCCGCUUUCGAAUACGAUCGGUCAGCCAUUGCUUGCACCUCCGUUGCCUAGCUAUGAAGGAUAAUAGCUAGCUGAAUACCUUCGUCUAAAUAUCGAGCUGAUGAAGUUAGGAGCAUGUGUUCGUAACUUUAGAAAUGACGUCAUUUUAGUAAAAUGUGUAAUCGAGAAAUAAAUUACGUCUCGUU